AUGGUGGUGCCUUCCGAGACGCAGAUCGUCGAGUCAACGCGGUCGCACCAGCCUAUCGACCCGUCCGACCUUCCCCGCCUACUAUCGACGCUAGAACUCGAGAAUGACUGGUCGGAGCUCUCGCUCAAACGCUUCACCAGCAUCCUCUCCAAGCACGCCCUCAUCCCCGCACCUUCCGCCUCAACACCUUCCGCCUCUGACGCCACCCCUUCCGGAAGCACGCCGAAAAAGGGAGGAAAGAAGAAAAAACCCACCCCGGGCAUCCCGAAAUCGUACAUCGACCCGCGCAUAUCCUUCCCUGCGGGAGUCAACGGGGUAUACUUUGACAACGUCAAAGGCAAAGGACUUGUUUCCACCCGUUCCUUCUCCCCUGACACACUCGUAUUCGACGAAGCCGCAUACAUUGCCACGCCACCACCGGAGGCGCUGGGGCAGGUAGAAAGCGGCGAGCUGUGCGGGGAGUGUUUUCUGCCCAUUUCAUCCGCACCCGUGGCGCUGGCGAUCAAGAGUUGCACCCGAUGCAAGUACAGGUUCUGCGGAACCAAGUGCUGGCGUGGGGCGAUGAAGCAUCAUGCCCUGCUGUGCGUAGGGUCUAGUGAGGGGGCGAAAGAGCUGAUGGCGCUGGUGAGGGAGGCCGAGUGGCAGAGUUUGCAUUGUGUCGCUCGCUCCCUCGCCAGGCUCAUCUCCACCCUUAACCCCCGCACAGCGUUGAAGCAGGAUGAGGAGGAGGAGGAGAGCUUCGAAGAGGUGUACAGCAGACUGUCGUCGUUUGCUACCGUGUCGGAGUUGGAGCGUCGAACGCGCAAUCCGGGGUGGGCGACCGAACGCACGUCGUUCGAACCGUUGCUCACCCGAGCGCACACCGCCCUACGUGCCGCACUCGACCCGUUUCACCCCUCACCCUCCUCCUCCCUGCCCAAGGCGGACAUCAUAUCUUCAGCGCAGAAGGGCCUGCUCAAAGAUCUUUUCGACUACCCCUCCGUGCUCAAGCAGAUCGGACGGGCCAACAUUAAUAUGGAGAAGUUCGGCGGGCUUUACUCGGUCCACUCGUUCCUAAACCACUCCUGCUCGCCCAACGUAGCGAUCAAGCACGUCCCGCAGCGCGGCAUAAGUGCCAGCAUGCACAUUGCCGCUGUCGCCCUUCGCCCCAUCCCCGCCGGCGAAGAGUUGCUCAUCAGCUACGUCGAUCCGAGCACCACUCUGGGUCGACGCCAACUCCUCUUGUAUCGGGACUACUGUUUUGGUCCCUGCACGUGCGAUCGGUGCACAACUGAACUCGGACAGCUAGGUCUGACGUAUGACCCCGCCAAGAUGGGCGUCAAGGCUUUCCUCGAUGCCGUGGCCAAAAAGACCGGCGAGACCGACGGCAAGGAGGUCAAAAAGGCGGAUGCCAGUUUGGAGGAGGAACUUAGGGCCAGUUUGGGAUUCUAA